AUGAUACUCUCACUCGUUCAAACCGCUUCAGUGUCCUACUUGUGUUCCCAAUCAACGAUUCCUUUCCUCUUCAAUCCCUCUGGUUUGCUGCUUCAAAAGUCCAUCUUUACUGGUUCCAACUUAACUCUCCACCGAAUUUCGCAUCACACCAAGACUUGGAAGAAUGGGUCUGCGCGUGCUUCCCUGCUUGAGAGCCCUGUCUUAUGGGCCGGUCGAAUUUGUGUCUUCUACGCACUCGUGAAAGCUGGCUUAGCUGGAUCCAAGUCUAACCCCAUCGUUUCUGGGUUGGAGAGUGGUGGUGUUGAUUUUGAAGAUGGUGGUGUGGAUCUUGGUUUCUCAAAGUGGCUUCAGACAAUAAAGGGCAGACCAGAAAAGGAUGGAGGUGAUAAGAAGAAGCUAGUGAGCAAAUGGCACCCGACGACAAAGGGGACACUUAGAAGGAACUACAGGGUACCUUCGAAAGGCGAAGGAAAUCGUCUGCUCAAAGCCAUUGCGUCUCUUCUCUCAGACGAUGAUCACUUUAGAGAUGCAACAUCUCACAAGGGUUGUCAAAUACGGCGGGAGAGUGCGCAUGGUCAAAGUGUAUGUUGCAACAACGUGAGGGCUCUGUUUGAUGAGUUACCGACGCCACAUUUGGUGGUUGAGAUCACACCUUUUCCAGCUGGCCCGCUUACAGAGAAUGAUUACCUUAAGGCCGAGAAGCUGGAAAGGGUUCUGAGGUCAGGCCCCAACAUUUGA